UUGCCGCAACAGCACUGCCUCUCCUGUACUUGUACAUCAAUGUCUCUGUCUUAAUGUCUUAUGGAUGGGCAGGCGUACGACUGGGGAGUCGGACUGGAUUCAGAGUUGGCGCAAAGCGGACAUAUGCCACAACCUCGUACAGCACUCCAGCCCCCCAUCCAUCUCGAAUAACAGAUGCAGAUGUUCAUGCAGCUCGAACAUACUGCGCAAAUCUUUUGCAGAAAUUCGAUUCGCCUUCAUACACCCUCCAAACUUUUGUCCCUCCCUCUGCUCGAGAUGCAUACCUUUCAAUUCGAGCCCUCAAUAUCGAGCUUGCUCGAAUACCAGAUCUAGUCUCAAAUCCUACUGUUGGAGCUUUCCGCAUGCAGUUUUGGCGCGAUAACAUCACUCGCACAUUUGCCCAGACUCCUCCGAAAGAGCCUGUUGCCAUACUACUCUAUUAUGCACUUCAAUCGCUCCAAGAACGACAUCCUGGCAUCAGUACAAGUGUCAUGAAGGGAUGGUUCAUGAAAGUCAUCAAUGCAAGAGAGCAGUAUAUGGAUAAUAGGCCAUACACGAGCAUGGAAGCCCUAGAAAUAUAUGCAGAAAACACAUACUCUACCUUAAUGUAUUUGACCUUGGCAGCUCUACCUCUGCAUUCUUUAGCGGCAGACCAUGUAGCAAGCCAUAUCGGGAAGGCAACAGGGAUUACAGCGGUGCUCAGAGGCCUGCCAUUACUGGCUUUCCCACCCCCUCCGAAUCAUCACAACAAUAGUUCUGCACUCGGUGGUGGAGUUUCAGGAGCAAGGCAAGGUUCCGUUGUUUUACCUCUGGAUAUUAUGGCACAAGCAGGAGUUAAGGAAGAAGAGAUCUUCAGGCAAGGUGCCGAAGCUCCAGGAUUGAAGGAUGCCAUAUUUACUGUGGCCACUCGAGCAAAUGAUCAUUUGAUUACUGCUAGGGAAAUGGUGAAGAAUUUACAGCAAGGCAAAGAUGCAGGCCACGAUUUCGAACACGAAGGGGAAGAAGGGCAUCAGUAUCAUGAGACAAGCUCUAAGGGUUCAUCUCAAGCCGAUGAGAUUGAGCAUGGCUUUGGAGUGCUUAUGCCCGGACUUGCAACAAGGCUGUGGCUCGAGAAGCUCGAGAAGUAUGAUUUCGAUAUCUUCCGGCCAGAGCUACGAUCGCGGGAGUGGCGUCUACCCUGGAAAGGAUACUGGGCGUAUUCCCAGAGAUCAAUAUAAUACUUGUUCCAGCACUCCACUUCUUUCUCGAAUUCCUGGGAUAUAAACGUGCCUUGCUCAACUAAUCGCUGGUGAAACUUGCCUCGAGGUCAGCGGCACAUAAUUUCCGCAGGAAAAGUGCCAGAACAAACUCAAGUUGCUGACCAAAGCACAUGAGGAGCUUCACUCUUACAACCUGAGGAUGCGCACAGACUUGCCUGCUCCACAGACAUCAAUGGCUGAGUAAAUGAGUCCUAUGGAGUUCUUCCUCUUAAGCUUUCCAUGCUUAUAUCUAGCGGCUCUUGUUUUCCUUCAUCUAGCCGCCCUUCAUACCCUCAAGCUAUACUCUCUACAAAAUA